AUGCAGGGGAUCCCUAUAGCCGUCACUCUCCGCAACUUCGGCCAGCUAUGGCAAACCUCACCUGUAGAUCUGGACAGCCUUUCUCAGACAAAAUUAUGGAGCAAGUCGCAGCCUGUCGAGAGCUUCGACGUGUUUUUCUCGCACACCUGGCAAACACCAGGUAGCAGGAAGUUUCUUUCGUUACUGCUCCAGUACGGGUGGAGGAUGGCGAUUGCGAACUGCGCGUUUUUCGUGGCUCUGGUGUUUCUCCUCGCUGCCUCUGGUACGCUGCCAAUGACGUCGUUAACCUGGCCGGUGAACGUCCUUGGCUUCAAAGCAUCCUGUCCUUUCGCCCCAUGGACCUACAUCACUGUCACCCUGACACUGCACAUUUCUCUGUUCCUAUUUCCAUAUUGCACCUGCGCACGCUAUUCACCAAGAUGCUUCCUUGACGUGGUCAGCAUUCAUCAGACAGACAAGACCAUGAAGCAGCGCGGUGUAUAUGGGUUGGGAGGCUUCCUCAGCGUCUCGAAGGAGAUGCGUGUUCUAUGGUCGCCACCUUAUCUGACCCGUCUUUGGUGCGUCUUCGAGCUCGCAGCUUUUCGCAAGGCAAACCCGUCCAAGCCUUUGAACCUCAAGCCGCUCUUCGUCGAAAGCCAAGUCUUCCUUCUCAUCCUUGCGAGUGGCUUUUGCACUGGGAUUUACACUGCAGUGCGAACGGGCCAUGGCAUCGUCGCUGUUGCAAACCUUGCCAUUUUGCCCCUGUUGCUCUUCGUGCACUUCAACCGCAAGCUCAUGAGGGAGGAGAAAUCGCUCAAAGCCUCGCUCGAGACUUUCGACCUCAAGAACGUAGAAUGCCGCCUUGCAGCAGACAGGGCCUUCGUAUCGUUGGCCAUCACUGCUUGGUACGGGAGCGAGGAAGCCUUCACAGAGUAUGUCCGUGGCCCUUUGAGGGAUGAGUUGCUGGCAGCCUCCGAGCUUGACCUCCCAUUGAGUUAUGGUGUUCUCAUCGCCGCAAGCCCCUUCUGCAUGAACAUCGAUGUUGUUGUGGCCAUGAUCCGUGCUGGCGCGCCAGUCGACGCUGUGCUCGCUGAGUUCGUUGGUCUAGGGGUUGGCGUUACUUUUUUCUGGAACAUGUUGUGCGUCAAGAUCAUGUGGACACUCUGCAGUCGAUGGGCUAGCUGUAGCUCAACACGGGCCUUGGACUACGCUGUGAGCCUGGCCAUUUUCCUCGUGUUUUUGCUUCUCUUAGGAGGCUGCAGCAGCGCUGUGAACAGCCUCUUGACCUUUUCCACAACAGGCACAAUGGCUGUUGGCAUUCUUUUGUGUUUCACCGCCAUGCUAGUCUAUCGUGAUGGCUGCCCGGGUCAUUCAUGUCUCAGUGAUCCGUAA